AUGGAGUCAGAAUCCGUGGUGGAGCCAGAGGAAAAGCGCUUCUGGUCGGAGAUGAAAGCCAAGCAGGAAACAAGCGCGCUACAGCUUUCGCCCGUGCACAACAAGAACAAACACGUCAGCACCUCUUCUCGACUCUUCUGCGCUCCCGGUCUUCGCGUCCUCUCCCGCCUCGCCUCCCCCGUUGCACGGUUCAACACAAACAUGCAAUUCAGCAACCCCUUUGUUCCCUCUAUAUUCAUAAACAGGACGAAUGCGAACAACGCCGCACAUAUUCCACAUAUUCCCACUUCUACAUCCACACCCGCAUUCACACCCACACCUACUCCCGCUCGAUUCUUCCCUCCCAAUCCGUCACCUGCGACCAACCCCCCUCCCUCUUCUUCCACUCAUGAACCAGACCACCUUGCGCUCCUUGCUUGCAUUUUGGCAGAGGAUGCCGAAUUCUGCGCAGUGCAGGGCGUGUUGAUGUAUAGGCACUCUCCCGACCCUGCACUCUCCACGCUCCCUUCUUCUUUGUCGAGAGCGGCUGUUGGAGCAUCGCUUCUGAGUGCAGGUGGGGUGGAAUCAACAUGA